GUUUGUUUACAUUCACUCGCGUACCGGCGGCGCAGCAACAACGCCUUAGUGUUUAAAAUGUUUCGAACGUGGAAAGUGAUGCGUUUUUGUGCAGUAACAAGCACUAGUGUACGGCUUUUUCGACAGUUCGGCGUAGGCAGUUGUGUGCAGCAGAAACUUUCUCCGCUAUUAUUUGUACCGCGUGGUUCUCGGCCAGUAAGCGAACCGUCGCCGGAACAACAAUCAUCACCCAAUCCGGUGAAGAAACCGAUAGUCGAACACAGUGAUGCGUCUGUGGAGUAUGGUGCUGAAGAUGAGUUGCUAAACAAUCGCAAAAGUAUCCCGAAUUUAAAAGUUUCAGAAUUGUUGAAAGAGCUGCCCCGAUCUAAGCUGAAACCGGAACGUAAAGCGGGUGAUGAAUUGAAGGAGAGCGUAAAACCAGCGCACAAGAAAACCGCAAUCGAGAAAGAUACACUCCAGAUGUUGCAGCACCGGUACCAGGAUUCGCGUGAAUCGGAGGAGCGGUACGACAAGCAGCUGAAGGUACGGUACACCAUCCUACAGUCGAAUGAUGACCGGCACCGGGAUUUGAUGAUGCUGCUCGGAUCCCGCAAAUACCGGGAGCGGGAAAAGAUGCUGGUGCUGGAGGGUAGACGCUUGAUAAUGGAUGGGUACGCGGCCGGUUUGCGCUUGCAAGCGAUCGUGACGAGUGAUGUGAAGCUGCUGGCCGACCUUGGGCUCAAAUUCAAGAAGCAAAACUGUCCCAUAUUUCUUGUUAAACGGCAAACCAUGAUGGAGUGGUCAUCGUUAACAACCAGUCCGGGCCUUAUAGGCAUCUUUUCGGAACCUGCCAACCUGACCGAGCUGGUUGCCCGUAACGCCCGGGGCAGCAAACGACUUCCGGUGACGGUGGUUUGCGACAACAUCCGUGAACCGAAUAAUUUGGGCAGCAUAAUACGCAGCUGUGCUGCCGUGUCCGUACAGGAAGUAAUUCUGCUAAAAGGUUGUGCCCAUCCGUGGGAUCUGAAAUGCUUGCGCGGCGGUGCUGGGGCACACUUCCGCGUCCCUAUUUAUGGCCCGAUCGAAGCGUACCAGCAGCUACCGGAGCAUACGCGUGCCGGUUCGAUCUUUGUGGUGGCCGAUAACAAGAAACCGACCGAUGAGCGGAAUGGGUUCCAGUGGAAACAGUAUGAUCAGAUCGAUUACGGUUGUGCGGAUCAUGUGGUGCUGGUAAUCGGGGGCGAAACGUAUGGAGUGAGCGAAGACAUUAGGACCUUCAUUCAUCAGCUAACGCAAAGCGGAGAGGAAGGAGAACGGGAGCGAAAGUUUGUGGCGCACAUUCCGCUAGCGAAUGGAAUUGAAAGUCUUAACACAGCAUCAGCAUUAAGCGUAAUUCUUUACGAAAUGAGGCGAUCUUUGCUACAGAUGGAAAAUACGGUUUAGGAGAAGAAGGGUGACGAAUCUUAAGAGAGCAAAGGUGUUAGAUGUUCCGUAGUGAAUAAACCAUAUUCAUUGUAA